ACCUGAAAGGCUGCUUCCGCCGGCAACCCCUUUUUGCUAGUAACGGCGCCGGUGGGAUAAUUAUCGGGCGUCUCCUCAGGGGAGCGAACCCUAGCGCUCUCCGCCGGCAACAGCGAUGUACCAGGCGGGGGCCGUGGUGAGGGCGGCGCCCGCGGCGGCGCCGAACGCGGCGGUUCGGGUGGAGAAGGCCACGAGCCACCUGCUCAUGGGUCCCGACUGGGCCGUCAACCUCGAAAUAUGUGACAUCAUCAACGCCGACAUCUGGCAAACAAAGGAUGUGAUAAAGGCAGUGAAAAAGAGAUUGCAGAACAAGGACCCAAAGGUUCAAUUCUAUGCUUUGACGCUUUUGGAGACAAUGAUGAAGAACUGUGGUGAAUAUGUUCAGUUUGAAGUUGCUGAACAGCAUGUUCUACAAGAAAUGGUUAAAAUUAUCCAGAAGAAGAAUGAUAUGCAAGUAAGGGGUAAGAUAUUAUUACUUUUAGACUCCUGGCAAGAGGCAUUUGGUGGACCUGGAAGUAAAUACCCGCAAUAUCAUUGGGCAUAUCUUGAAGUAAAGACAACAGGUGUGGUGUUCCCAAGACGUCCUAUAGAUGCCCCACCAAUAUUUACUCCUCCUACACAUAAUUCUCAAACCUAUGGUUCACCCAGGUAUGCUGCAGGAAGUCUGAAUGACAGAAUGUCUUCAGAUGUUGAGACUCUGAGCUUAGGGGACUUGAAUAAUAUUCGAAAUGUGACAGAGCUACUAAACGAUAUGGUGUAUGCUUUGAACCCAUCUGAUCGUAUGGCUGUUGAAGGUGAAAUCAUCGCAGAUCUUGUGACCCAGUGUCGCACAAAUCAACAAAAGCUUUUACAGUUUGUCAGUUCAACAGGGAACGAGCAGUUACUAAAGCAAGGACUAGAAAUAAAUGAUCUCUUACAAAGUGUACUUUCAAAAUAUGAUGCUAUCGCCUCUGGUGCUCCUUUGGCUGUUGAAGCACCUGUGAGAGAGACAGUUGAGGCUCCUAGAGAGGCUCCUGCAGUGAAGGCAUCUGCACCUCCUAUUGUACAUAAUGAUGCUGCUGAUGGAGAAGAAGAUGAGUUCACCCAGCUGGCGCAAAGGAAAAACAAAUCUGUGGUAAGUAGCGUUGAUGCAUCAUCAAGCACUGGGGACCUUGCCCUUGUACCCACUGACCCAGCAGGUUCAGAGUCCUCAUCUUCUGUUGCAAGCAACGCAUUGGUUCCUCUUGACCCAGCUCCCAGCAGUAGCACUGAAUCAAAAGAGCUGGAUAUGAUCGACCUUCUAAGCCUCACCUUGUGCAGCCCUACUCCUGAAACUUCUACUGAUUCUUCAACACAGAAUCAUAAUGGACCUCAGCAACCUACUGCUCCAAAUGGGCAACAAUAUCCUUCUCCUAUGCCACAAUAUCCAGCAAAUGGGCAACAAUAUCCUUCUACUGUGCCACAAUAUCCUUCAAACUACCCGCCUCAGACAACAAACCAGGUAUAUACUCCACAAAACAGUAGUUAUGUUGCACCUUGGGCCCAAACAGGAGCAUAUCCACCUCAGCCUCCAUCAUACGCAUCUGGCUAUCCAGCAGCACCAUGGGCGUCUACUCCUGCAACCGUUGAUUCUAAUCCUUUCCUUUCGUCCGCGUACCAGGAGCCAAAGGAGCCACCGCAUUCUCAUGUUGCUUCUGUUGCCCAAACUGCCACCUAUGCACCUCCCCCGGUUUCGUAUGCCUCUCCUUCAGUGUCUUACGUACCCCCUGCAACCUCCCAGUCAAUUCGACAUUACAGUUCUGUGGGUUCUCCACCAAGCAAUGGACUGAAUGUGGCUCAAGCUAAGAUGAAUGGGAAUCAACAACCAAAGGAUUCCUCUGUCGCGGCUAGCAAACCAUACUACCUACCUGAUAAUUUGUUCAGUGAUUUGAUUGACCUGAAGGGUUUCAGUGGUGGACACAAGAUGGGUGGGCCCACUACCAUGGGUAACUCAAAUGGACUAUGAUUGGAGGAAAGAAAUAGGUUUGUCUAUAUGGCUGGUGGUGAGAUCAGUAGUGGCUUUUCUUGUUAUUUAUUACUCCUUGGUUCGGUAUUCAAUGUACAUUUGCUGUAUAUCACCGUUCCCUCGUUUGACACGUUUGGUUGCAUUGGUUGAUUCGUGGGUGCUACAGUUUUAAGUUAAACAGAGAUGUAGAAGAUUGUUGAUGUACAUAUAAAUGAUUACUAGCAUGGCAUCCUCAGAGGUGGAUGCUUGUGACGAAA